GUGUUUUCUUUAACCAAACAAAAAGCAAUCCAAGCCAAAGCCCAAGGAAGAGAGAGAAAGGGGCAUCCGAAUAAUCCGCGAGAGAGCCACUUGUAUAUUCCCUCUUUCUUCUUCUUCUCCUUCUUCUUCUGUUCCCUUCCCCCUUCUCCGACCGUCUUCCUUCCUCCACCCUUUUUUGACCAACCGGAAGUCAACCUCAAUUCCUCCCCUUCCCUCCGUCUCCUCCGCCGCCUCCUUCCGCCGUUCAGGUUGGAUUGCAUUGAGCAUCAGACUUGAAGACAUCAGUUUAUGUGAAGGCCAAUGGGGGACAGACACUUCUCAAACACAUCAAAUUUCUUUGAGAGAGAUCGGGGGUGGGGCGAAAGAGAUGUAGCUGCUGGAAGGUCCUUUUUAUAUGCAGGAAGGGCUGUCACUCCUGAAAGUGUUUCUUAUCUAUACCCAUCUGGUAACAUCCUGACAAGUGGACUCAACUGUGCUUCUCAGCACACCUGGGGAAGCGGAUCAGUGGAACAUACGUCGACAAAUAGGUUAGAAGGUGGUCCUCAAGUUCAUGGUCACCAUUCUGCCUCGUAUGAUACCUUGCCUCAGUUUGCAAGUGAGGGAAGCUUUCCCCUAGAACCUGAGGUCAAUGCUACUAGUGCCUCCAAUCAUUACAAUGGUCAGAUUAUGCAUGAUAACAAUGGUGGUUUGGUAGAUUAUUCGAUGACCACAGGGAGAGGCCGUUUCAAAAGGAAAAUUCCUAGCUUUAUUCCACCCUGUGAAUCAGGUAGCACUCCAGUAUUUUAUGGUGCAGGAAGUUCCUCCUCCCAGCCCAAUGGGAUUCAGCUGGGUAGUACACCUUUCCCUUCCAACUCGUUUCACUUGCCUCCUCCGCAUGGCGGUGGCAGUUUGACAAUUGGAGGUGAAGACUCUGGGAGUAACCCGAGAAGCAGAGCUAUGGUUGAUUCGGAGCCUAACCCAAGGAUAAGCUAUAUUCAAAAUUAUACCCCUGCGCCAAAUGGUUCAACCUCUCACAUGCCGAACCACGGGGCAAUAAACAUCCAUAGUAUUAACAGCAAUGCACCUGCUUAUGGACAGAAUCAUAUUGGCAUUUCUCCUCCCGCCCGUGGGGGAUUUCAGCAAAUAUCAGCAAAUAACGCCAUGGGCAUAGAGAUGAAUCCAUAUUAUGCUGGAGGGAGUGCAGCAGAUGCUAGUAGGUACCAGCACCACAUCCAUGAAUCCAUCUUGAGCAGAAAUCCCAUUUCACCUCCCCAGUACUUUCAUGGUCUACAUGCCCUUGCUGUAAAUGAGGAUCAUGCUAACUACUUUCAAGGAGCCAUACCUUCUUCCCAGAGGACGGAUGUAAUAUCCUUGCACUCGGGGCAAGGAGCAGCAACAGCAGCAAUUUCGGGAAUGAGUCAUCAGCCAGUUGUUCCAGAAAGUUAUCCUUCGAGAUUUGCAAGACCCUUUUUAGCCAGAGGCUGGCAUCACAACAACCAUAGGGAAGGAAGGUCCAGCAGGAUGCUUGAGAGAUUGCACUCGCGCACAAAUGCUGUGGAUGCACAAGACAGAAUAGGGGGCGAGGCUUUCAUGAUGUUUGAUGGCUCACAUUUAUAUGGCUCCAGAAACAUGUAUGAUCAAUAUGGGGACAUGAGGCUAGAUGUGGACAACAUGAGCUAUGAGGAGCUACUUGCCUUAGGAGAUAGCAUAGGAAACGUCAACACCGGUGUACCUGAAAACAUGGUAUCGGAAUGCUUGUUGGAGAAGAAGUACUCGAGUUCAGACAAAAACCUAGAAGAGAACUGUUCUAUCUGCCUUGAAGAGUACAAGAAAACGAGCAGGAUUGGGAAGUUGAAAAAAUGUGGGCACAAUUAUCACAUAGGCUGCAUCAAGAAGUGGUUGUCUAUGAAGAACUCCUGCCCCAUCUGCAAAGGACCAGCAGCCCAUCUACCCGGUUCGGAUCAAGAAUGACAUCGGCUCAUGUCCCGGUCUCGUGCAGAGAGAAUAAUCCUUCUUAUCUUAGUAAUUGUUUGUAAAUAUGUUGCACAGACAGAUAUGGGGAUUUGAAAAUCAUCUCUUUCCUCUCCUCGGUCCAUAUUUCGAUUACAUUCUUGAAACAGAACAGUAUCCCGCUUGUAUAUGUAGUAGAUAUGUACUGAAAACGGGUCCGAAAAGUUAUUCCAGAGCUUCUUUUAACCUUCUCCUGGGACAACUGCUGCUGCUGCUGCUGUCCAGCAGCCACUAGACCCCAACAAGAGGCAUGUUUUUUAGUUGUUGUGUUGAUGGCAGUUUAUUGUAAGUAAACAUGUUUGAGUUCCCCUUGUACAAAGAUAGAAGGGUUUCGCGUUGCUAUUUGGUAGAUGUAC